CCCUCCGCCACAAGUCCUGCCCGUGGUUUAAAAAUUGCUCUCUUGGCAUCACUGUGCGGGAGCCGGGCUUACUUUCACCGCCGCUGACGCUGUUAAAAACGUCGUGGCUUCGGCGGUAACAACGCCGAGCCCCCUCCCUCCGCCAGCCUGCCGGGUCACCUGCUCCGGGUGAGAAAUUAACCGCUGGUAAUCCAUUAGCUUCAUCUUCCCCACUUACGCGAGAGUGAUGAAGAGUUGCUAAUUAAUUUACACACGAGGAAAUUAUCUCUGAAGGAAGGAAAAAUACCCCGUUGCACCUGCUCCGUCGAGACUUGUCAUCUGGAUCUGGAGGAGAGCUGUAAAUCAUGUAAAGUGUUCGCGGUGAAAUCGGCUCCUGAGAGCUGUAGGAUUAUGUAUCCAAAUGCUGAAUUUACAAUUCCCACUAGGAAAAGACUGAAACUCAGGUCUGGAGUCACUGAUUAUCCAACACACCUGCACAGAAGAAUUUCAUGUGAUUUGAUGGAUUACAAAUUGCCCAAGAAUUAAUGCCAUCCAAGCAGAAGAGCUGGAAAAAUAUGCUUCAGAAAGUUGCUGUCUCUUUACCACUGGUUCUGCCAAACAACUCAAGAAGUUACCUGCCUAUUUUUUCAUUAAUCAAGCAUAACAUUAUCUUGAACUAAUUAUUCCUCUCCAUAUGGCCUUCCUACUGGUGUCAGCUUAUCUUCUGCUGACUCAUACUCAGGGUGCUCCUGUUGAAAAUGGGCCACUGUUGGAAACACUGAAGUCACAGGUAGGAUUAUUCAGCAAUAAAAGCGAACACUAUUCAGCACAGGUGAGACCUCCUGGCACAAGCCGACGAAUACCUCAGACAAUUAUCAUAGGAGUUCGUAAAGGAGGGACCAGGGCUUUGCUGGAAAUGUUGGAUAUUCAUCCUAAUAUUGUAGUGGCAGCUACAGAAGUUCACUUUUUUGACUGGGAUGAAAAUUAUGUGAAAGGAUUAGACUGGUAUAGGAGUCUGAUGCCAUUUUCUUACGGAAAUCAAAUUACAAUUGAGAAAACACCAGGCUAUUUUACAUCACCACAGGCUCCAGAAAGAAUUCAUGACAUGAAUAGCUCCAUUAAGCUGCUGCUCAUUCUAAGAGAUCCCACUGAGAGAGUUAUAUCUGACUAUACCCAAGUAUAUUACAACAGAGUAGAGAGCCACAAGCCUGUUCAGCUUUUUGAAGAUAUUGUUAUUAAGAAUGGAGCACUUAAUACCAAAUACAAGGCUAUUCAGAGAAGUCUAUAUGAUGUUCAUAUGGAAAAGUGGCUUAAACAUUUCAAUUUGAAUCAGAUUCACAUAGUGGAUGGCAAUACUUUAAUCAAGGACCCUCUUCCUGAAUUACAAAAAGUUGAAAGAUUUCUAAAUCUUCCUUCCCGAAUUAUGUCUUCUAAUUUUUAUUUUAACCAAACUAAAGGAUUCUAUUGCAUUCGAAGUGAUGGAAGAGAGAGAUGUUUACACGAAUCCAAAGGGCGCCCCCAUCCUCUUGUUAACAACACUGUUUUAGAGCAACUUUAUUCUUACUUCAGAGAGCACAAUGCAAAAUUUUACAGAAUGGUUAAUCACUCUUUUGACUGGCAUUAAUGCAUUUUGGAAUCAAUGUUUCUUAAAAAGGGCCUGAAACAAACUAGAGAUUCAUAUUAUGAGAAUUUAACAUACUGGUUAUACAAAGGCAGAGAGAACUGUUUGCUUCAUUGGAAUAAGAUAUCCAUUAACUCAUAAAGUGGUAGCCUUUGUUUUGGGAAAAAUAAGUUUCACAUAUUUGUAUAAUUACUCUGGGUCAUAUCGCAGAAUCAUAUUUUGAUCAUUUUCCCAUCAUGCAAAUAUGUUAACUUGAGUGGACUUACUUCAGAUAUAUCUGUUACAAGAUUUGUGAUGUUUUGGAAAAAUGACUGCUUCUAACAGUGUAAAAAAUGUAUAUAUUUGAAAUGGUAUAAUUCUAACUGUUCCACAUUUUUAGUUCAUAGUAUUUUUCUAUAUCAGGUAUGAGGCUAGUGGCACUGAGUUCUAGAAUUUUUCAUACAAGUUAAAUUGUAUGUUACAACAGGGGCAUACAUAUUGGCUCUAGUAAAUAAUUCAUCCUCUGUUAACAUGUCAAAGUUCUUAAUCUACUAAUAAUAAAAGGAAUCUAUUUCAUCCUUGAUUUUGAAUAGGUGAACUAGAAGCUCCCCAUCAGUAUAUCAUUUGUAUUAAUCCACAGUCUUAGUAUCUUGAGUUGGUAAAAAUAAAAAUAAAAAUCUCCAAACAAAGGAAGAAUAUGAACGGUUUGAAGAAGCUUUAAGAAGUGAGAGAUCUGAAUGUAAAGAAAUUAACCCAGGCAACCUCAGUUUACACUGUUACACUGUAUACUAAAAAAAAAAAUAAAUUUUUGAAUGCAAAAAAUUUAAUAACAGCAACUGUACAAAUGUUUGAUAAGUUAUGUUUUGAAUGGAAAAGACAGCUCUUCAUCAAUGCUACGAUAUUAAUCACAUUUGUAUUCUGUGACUAGUUACUCUGUUUCUCACCUACCUUUGGUUUACAUAUCUCCAUUUGCAUAGUGAACCUCGUUAAAAAGGAAAUGAAAUUGAUUUGCCUGCUCUUCGAAUCAUGGUGUAUUCUUUGUCAUUUCUAAUGCAGGUCAUGGGAUGUGCUUAGUUAAAAGUAACAUCUUUUUAUAUUUGUAUAUCUCAAACUGUGUUCAUUUGCUAAGGAUGACAUACUCAGUUUAUAUAUAAAAAUGACAUCCAUAUAUACUCCUGCAUUAGGAAUUUUUCUUUUUAUUACCUUUUGUUUGACAAUAUUGUGCUAGUCUGCUCUCCUUCUUCAUGUUAACCAUUUUAUUAUAGAUCAAUACCAAAGAAGAAAAUCAACUUGAAAUGUUAAAUGGAGUGCCAAAUAGAACUAUACAGAAAUACAAGCAGAUAUCCUUGUUUGAAAUUGUACCUUGCAAUCCAGAAAUCCUGGUGCACCCCAUUGAAGAAGCAUUCUUCAGGUGCAUUACUCUUUAAGCUUCUCAGGACUGGUGAGCUGUAGUGUGGGCCCACUCUAAGUAUCUCAGCAUCAGAUUCCACAUAAUCCUGUUGAAGAUCCAGAAUCAUUUUGUUCUUCUGUUUAAGCCACUGUGCAGCCCACAGGAUAUGUUCCCAAUGUUGGAUUCAGUCUUCCACUUCAUGGGCUAAAAGGCAUCAAGUCUUUCUCUUCUCUGAAGUUUACAGCUAAUCUUUAAGCAAGUUGAAUACAGAAACACCAGUUGGCAGAAGCUGUAUACAUCUUUGAAAAUGCAGGUCUCUUUCUGGAAUUUACAUUUCAAGGAGUGCUGAUCUGUAUGGAUUAAUGAUGCAUAUAUCUACUUGAUUUAUUAGCACUCUUCAGUUCUGCUCAGCAUUGUUGGGAAGGACACAGCUGGUGGAAUGAAUUCGAUGAUCACUUUAAAGUUUACUAAUACCAGAAGACAUGUAUUACACAUAAUAUAAUUUUGGUGGGGGGUUGGCUAUUUUGUUUUGUUUUACAUAAAUCAAGAUUCUUGUCUGAAGUUUUUGAUAAAUGAUCUACACAGAUGCAACUUAACCUGCAUAACAGAAUUCAGUGAAUAUAGUAGACUAUUAUUUAGCAUUAAAAACUGCUCCAAUCAAAAUUAUCCAUUUUGUGAUAUGAAGAACAUAUCUCAUGCAGGCCUGGCCUCUAUUCUUAUUUUUGAAAGAUAACCCUCCUUCUCUCAUCCUCUCAGGACAGGGAUCAAAUCCACUUAAUAGAAUAUCCACUGAGCUAUACUUAAAAAUAAAAUGCUGAAAUUAUUUUCUACAUAAAAUUACUCAAUUUUUGGUGUAUGGAAUUAAAAGCUGGUUAAAUUUUGUAAAGAACUGCAUGCUCACCGUAACUUUGAAUGAAUUAUUAACCAGAUAGUUCUCAAUUUAAAAAAUGACAAACAUAUCUUAAGAGUUUCCAUAAUUAGUAAUAAACCAUAAACUAUUCUUCAACAAAACGGUCAUCAAAGGACUUACAUCUCAUGCUUGGAAGGCUAUUGGAGAAAUAAGUUUCAUGUGGGAAGGUUGCUUAAAGAGACCAUGCAGUUGCUUCAAAGGUUCUUUAGAGUAUCUGAAACAAGAUAGAUAGUCGUAUAUGUAAAACCACUGCAGAGAUUAGGAUGAAUUGAGUGGCUCUUUGACAUUGCAUUCCACAAAUAUUAAGCCUUAAUGUUAAAUUCUUUUCCUCUUUUAGCUUAAAUGCCAUAAUUAGGGUUGCUUUAAUCGACUAUAACUGAGACUAGCAACUAUCAAGCAACUGCAGCCAUUAGGGUUAGUUAACUAUGCAGGGUUAGUUAAGCCCUUGUCACAUUGUGAAGCACACAACCUGUUGUAAAUUCCUAGAUUAGUCUAACCUUAAUUGUUUUUCUUUUUGUUGUUUUAACUCCUGCAUACUCUAAACAAAAAAAGGUGAGAAACUUAAGAGUUUUUUUUUCCUCUCAAAAAAAAAAAAUAGUAUUACUUGUUGAAAGAAAUCAGAAAGAAAUCACUCCCCUGGCAAAAUUUGACUAGAAAGAGGACUACUGUUUUUAUUUAUUUAUUUAUUUUAUCUAUAUCUAUUUAUUUUAUUAUAUUUACAUACGUAAUUUAUAUUUAUAUUUAUUUAUUUUAUCUAUAUCUAUUCAUUUUAUUUAUUUAUUUAUUUAUUUAUUUUAUUAAGGCCCUGUGUUGAAAGUCUUCACUUUCACUGCAUAGCACAAUUACAAUUCUUCUUAAGGAAUUUCUUUCCUCCGAAAGCAGGGACAUUUUUAAAAUAUCCAUAGGCAGUAUUUUUAAGAACUUUAGAGAGAACGUAGACUCUUUAUAGUACACAUCACUGAACACUGCUACACGAAAUCAACACUUUCAACAUCCCUUUGUUAAAAAGUCAAUAGAUAAUCUUAUAAAAUGUAUUGAAGAAAGAUUAGAUUGAAUACUGUAGGGAAGCACAUCUGGAUACAGAGUUUUCAGUCUUCACAUGUUUCAAAGAACAUCAAAAAGAAAUGCAAAAGUUUAGUUGCUUGCAGCAAGUUUAAUUGCUUAUUGCUUUUGUCAAUUAUACAAAAUUUGAAUAUCAUCAUAAUCUUUAUUAUUUCUUGUUUAUGUGGUCAAAACCAAAAGUUUUUAUUUUUCUUUAUAGAAGCAUGGUUAAAAAAAAAAGAGAGCAAGCCCCAGAAUAAUUUACAGUAAGAGUUAAAAUGACAUUUCCUUGUAGAGAAAAUAAAUUUAAAUUAUUUAAUUAAGGAUUAUGCUCCUAUAGACUGUUAUUUUUUAUACUUGUGGAUUUGAUCCUUCAGUUCUGUAAAGAGUUUGAAUAUUAUCAUAGAAACAAAUAGACACAUUGGAAUUUAAAUUGAUAAUAAUUUGCCUAGCACAUUAAUCAUUAGCAAUGGUUAGCAACUAAUAUUUAGUUACUGGAAAAACAAUUCCCACUUCAGUUGUUUCCUGCUUUAAUGUGACUAACUACAUUGUUUUGCUAUUUCAUAAAACAAAAUUAAAAGUUAAAAUCAAUGGUGAAUAAAGACUUUGUAGUACCAUUCUGUGAUCAUAAAGGAACUGUCCUUUUUUAAGGUUAAUUAACAGGGACAUGAGCUUACCACAAUACCUGAAAGCAUUUUGGAAACCAAGAUACAAGUGGAACUGCAAAGCAUGAACAUAUGUUGAAGUUGAAGCUGCAAGUUAGGGAAAAUACAACAGAUUAAAAAUAGGCUGAAAUAAAUCAUACUUUCCCAGUAAAAUAGAUGUUAUAUAAUAUAUGUAAUAUGGCUUUUGUGCUAAUACAUGUAACUAAUACUACGAAGUCUAUUUUUUGAUGCAAAAUGGUCUUACACUUUUACAUUAUAUGUUCUUUUAUUUCCAUUACAAAAACAAACAAACAAACAAAAACUAUAACUAUUUAAUGAAAAACAUCUUAAUGUAAACAUUUUACCAGUGGUACAGAGCUUUUCUGUCAAGGGAUAUUUCUUUGCUUUUAUAUUGUUUCCUCCGAGAUAAAAAGGUGGUUUGAGUCAUACUGCAAUAAAAAGAGCAGAGUUAUCAUACCAGAAGCAACAAUACUAUUUCUAUUUGUUACAUUUCCUAAUGGCAAACAAUUUUGUAUUUUGUAUAACUGGUACAAAUAAUCUUUUUAUAUUUUCUCUUUCUCUUUCCUCAUUAGAUAAUACAACUGUGUUAUCAUUUUUCUUAUUCUGAAGAAUGUUACUUUAAACUCUUACAUUGUUAAUCUAAAGCACUGAUCAAAGGGCAAAUUUGAUUAAAUAAAAGGGCAGUAAUAUAAGCAUGGAUAACUAAGAAUCCUUUUGCCACUUGGACUGGCUAUGAUUUUUUUUUUUUUAAUUAUUAUUGUUUAACUCUUCAGAUGUGAACAUUUUGAUCCAUUGUACAUUUUCUAUAUAAAAAUAUUUAUAUAUAUAUACACAUAUUGGAAUGUACCAUCCAAACAUUCAACAUGAAAAAAUAAGACAGUGACAAAUACAAAGUAAUAAAACAUACAAUGAAGGUCCUCUUCUGCUAAAUAUUUGUUUGCAUAAUAUGGCACAGUUCUCAAUGAAAAUUAUGACUGAGCUGAUAAUGAUACACAGAAGACUAAGUAACAGGCUACUCCAGGGAUUUGUGUAGUUAUUGUACAUCCCUGAAUUAAUUUUCAAUCAUUAUGGUAUUAAGGGUGUAUGUGAAUAUACAUUUUCAAAACACUGUAUUUCAUCUUACUGGAGAAUACCAUGAUAUUGUGGGACAGGUUCAACACAUUAUAGCUAGCCUUGGGUCAAAUGCUGCAGCAAAUGGAAACUUUGGAACCUAAGGAAAAUUGGAUGAGAACAGUUUUCUGCACUGCAAUAAAAGUGCAGAGUUAUCAUACUAGAAUCAAAAAUACUAUUUCUACUUGUAAUGUUCCCCACCAGCAAACAAUUUUGUAUUUUGUAUAACUGAUAACAGUUUAGUGUUAAUGCAUUUUUUUUUGUUUGGUUUGGUUUUGUUAUCCUUUCUUGAAAAUUAGUAGCAUAGAUGCACAGGUUUUGUUGUUGAUUCGAGAAGCAUUGUCAGCCUGAAAUGCUGUUCAACUAUCAUAAGAAGAUUGAAGAUACCUCUUCUAUAUUCUGCUAAGACACAAAUCCACAACUGAAAGACAAGUGACACAGAAGGAACACUAAACUGCAGGGGGUGCAUUGCUGCCUUGAGUGAAGAAAGAUUAAAAGCUCAUAAACAACAUAUGCUAUAGUUAACCAUACACAUGCAUCAUACACAGCUUGCAAAAUACACUGUCUAAAACAAAAACAUGCAGAAUCUACAACUAUGCACUCAAGUGAUCCUGCUGAAGGCAAGCUGAACUAUAGGCAGGAAAGAGUGAUUCCUUCAUCCAGCAAACAGACAUCAGAUAGUCUUUUUCCAGUGUACGUAUGGAAAGCAGUUAGAUGCUUCCACCCUCCUACACCCCCCCCCCCCCCCACACACACACACACCUGCAGGACAGAUCUUUGCAAAAUUUCACUAACUUUGGAAACCCCAUUUCGUUUCAUUUCAUUUCAUUUCAUUUUCUUGCUUAGUUGUCCAUUAUUUUUUUCCAAAAAUGCAGUUGUCACAGCUGGGAAUUAUUCUAGACAGUAACAGAUACAGCCACUCAGAAAAGCAUGAAUGAAAUAUACUAAUCAAGUUUUCUGUAGAUGCUAGAUACAAUAAACUAUAAAAUACAGAAGUG